CGAAGGAUGAAAACUCCCGGAGAGGGAAUUGGGGCAACCAGAUUGAGUUUGUCCUCACCAGCGUGGGCUAUGCUGUGGGCCUGGGCAAUGUCUGGAGGUUUCCCUACCUCUGCUACAGAAAUGGAGGAGGUGCCUUCAUGUUACCAUACUUCAUCAUGCUGGUGUUUUGCGGUAUUCCCCUCUUCUUUCUUGAGUUGUCCUUCGGUCAGUUUGCCAGCCAGGGGUGUCUGGGAGUGUGGAAGAUCAGCCCUAUGUUCAAAGGUGUGGGCUAUGGCAUGAUGGUGGUGUCCACCUACAUUGGGAUCUAUUACAACGUGGUCAUUUGCAUUGCCUUCUACUACUUUUUCAUGUCCAUGACAAACUUGCUGCCAUGGACCUACUGCAACAACCCCUGGAACACACCGGACUGCAGUGGGGUGCUGGGCAGCAGCCACCAGCUCAACGCCAGCCUGGCUAAUGCUACCACAAGCCUGGUAGCAGGGGUGUCCGAGGCAGUCAACCGCACCAAGAGGACCAGUCCCAGUGAGGAGUACUGGAAACAUUAUGUGUUGAACAUCUCUGAUGAUAUUGGGAACUUUGGAGAGGUCCGUCUCCCUAUCUUGGGCUGCCUGGCUGUAUCCUGGAUUGUCGUCUUCCUCUGUCUGAUCAGGGGGGUUAAAUCCUCUGGAAAGGUGGUGUACUUCACAGCCACGUUCCCUUAUGUUGUUUUGACCAUCUUGUUCAUUCGUGGCAUCACCCUGGAUGGAGCUAUUAAUGGCAUCAAGUACUACCUGACUCCACAGUGGCAGAAGGUCCUUGACGCAAAGGUGUGGGGAGAUGCAGCAUCACAGAUCUUCUACUCCCUGGGCUGUGCCUGGGGGGGUCUCAUUACUAUGGCUUCCUAUAACAAGUUCCACAACAACUGUUUCAGAGACAGCAUCAUCAUCAGUAUAACCAACUGUGCAACUAGCGUGUAUGCCGGCUUUGUCAUUUUCUCCAUCCUGGGCUUCAUGGCACACAACCUGAAUGUCCCUGUGUCAGAAGUGGCCGACCAUGGACCGGGCCUGGCUUUUGUGGCCUACCCAGAAGCCCUCACUCUUCUCCCCAUCUCACCACUCUGGUCACUGCUCUUCUUCUUUAUGCUCAUCCUUCUGGGACUAGGAACUCAGUUCUGUCUGCUGGAGACCCUGGUGACGGCCAUCGUCGAUGAGAUCGGUACAGACUGGAUCAUGAGGAACAAAACCAUAAUCACACUGUCAGUGGCCAUAGUUGGAUUUUUACUGGGAGUGCCACUAACGACACAGGCAGGAAUCUAUUGGUUGCUACUGAUGGACAACUAUGCUGCUAGUUUCUCUUUGGUCAUCAUCUCCUGCAUCAUGUGUAUCUGCGUCAUGUAUAUUUAUGGUCACAGGAACUACUUUAAAGAUGUUGAGAUGAUGCUGGGCUUCCCUCCUCCUCUCUUCUUCAAAGUCUGCUGGAGAUUCAUCUCCCCUCUCAUUAUCUCUUUCAUCCUGAUCUUCACAGUGAUCCAGUACAAGCCCAUCACUUACAAUGACUAUGUGUAUCCCGGCUGGUCUCUGGCUAUCGGCUUCGCCAUGGCUCUGUCCUCAGUGGUCUGCAUACCCAUCUAUGCCCUCUACAAGAUCUCAAGGUCCCCAGGAGCCACCUUCAGAGAGCGGUUGAAGAACGCUUGCCAACCCCAUCCAAAGUGGGGCCCUGCUCUGAGGGAGCACCGGACAGGCCGCUACGCCCCCAUGGCCUCGGGAGACACUGUGGAGGCUCGUCCCCUCAAGGAAAAGGAGGAGCUGAAGGAGGACCUGAAGGAGGAGCUGAAGGAGGAGGAGGAGAAGGAGAGGAAGGAUGAGAUCAGCCUUACCAUCCAGGGAAGCAACGGCUCCACCAACACACACAACAACCCCAAUCCCAGCGCAUAGACGGCACCCCGCUUUGUCAGCGCUGCCGGGCACGGCCCCACUGCACCAUUUCCUCCUUCUCUUCCUCCCUUCCCCUCCCUUCUCCAUCGUCACCCCACUUUCUCACAGUCCUCUGUGGGGGAGAUCCCAUUCAUUGGAGACCUUUACAUAUUGUAAGGGCUUAUUAUGUCUAUCCUAACCUCUUCUAUCUAUCUGUGUGUUGUCUCUAGAUAAACGAAGGAAAAAAAACACGAAAGGAAGACAAAAUUGGGUCAUCCAAAAGAUUUGCGCGUACGUUAGUGUGUUUGUGUGGGUCGGUUGUUAAUUUGUUACACAUAAUUUAAUAAUGCAGUUUAUUUUUCCUUUCCUUUUUGUAAAACUUGUAUAUGUCAUCUUCAUAUGCAGUUAGAGUUACAGUAGAUUGUGAAGCUGCAUGUGUUUGUUUUGUGCAUGCAGCAACAUAGAGACACACACUGUUCUCCUUUAUACUGUUUGCUGGGUCUAUUUGGGAUUGGAGACUUUCUAACAGCAGUGAUUUGACAGCUGGGGACUUGUGAUGUGAUACACAGUGGUGCUGUAAUAAAGAGGAGCAGGGUGAACUGUGCCUGUACUGGCCAUUUACAGUUUGAUGAUGCUGAACGAGGGAAAUAGGCAAUUCUAUGGCCAGAAAAAGAGGCGGAUACAUUUAUUCACACUCAUACACUCACACUAUUGUACAUUAUACAGCACACAGUGACCUCAACCAUAGUUGAUCUCAGCUUAAGACUAAGCCUGUUGUUUUUUAUGCUGCUUCUUUAAAAAGUUAUACAGAGCACACAUAUUUAACAAACACCCGAGAUGGCGAAAGUGUUAACAAACACUUAGGGCUGAUCUUCUGCCGAAAUUUCUCCCAUUUUAACUUUUUCCACUAAAGCUGCUUAAACUCAGCAGAGAAAUGUCAGUGAACUUUAACGGUACUGUAGUCUCUGCCUACACAUUCACACUGGAAAAAACACAAAGCGUUUGUUUCCAGUUUUUUGACAGAAGUGAUCCCAUUUCUCAGGGUCCAAACGCAGUCAAACUUUGUGAUUUAUAUUUGUUCCUUGCCUGUGGAAACCUUGUCUAGACUAAGGUGGCCUGUUAAGAUUAUAGGGACUGAAACCACCUAACUCUCCCGCUAAAAAAAACAGCUACACACACACACACACACACACAAAACAGGUGGAUGCAACUCUGUAUAUAGAAGUGCCAUCUCUUCUUAAGUCUUCCAGGCAUUCUUUACGAGUGAAGUGCAUCUUGGGAUGUGGUCUAUAAAUGAGGAUCCGGGCUAGAGGAGGUAGCUAGUGAAAGGAUCAUAGGUGUGUAAUAGUCUGUGUCUCCCGUGGGUCGUAGCAAUCUGCCCCAUUAAGGCAUGUUACCAAAAACAUUACCUGAGUUACCUGAGUCCUGCACAUGUUUUUGGUAACAUAUAUACUGUAUAUCUCAGAGAGACUGGCAUGGUGUCAGUCUCUUACAGUCAGUGGAACCUUUAAUGUAUUUACAGGCAUUUAUUUUAAAGCUCUGAGCCAAGCUGUGAUGUGACAUGAUGGAGAGACAGAAAGCAGAGAGAUGCAGCUUGUAUCCAGAAGAAUACAGAAUAAAUACAAACUUUAAUGAAUUAUGUAGUUUUUAAUGUAGAUGUAUAGUAUCUGUCUCUCAGUAGAAUUCUCCUUUUUACCUCUCAUUAUUGUAAAGUAACUUAGUAAAUAAUUAUAAAGACAGCAUAUGUUUAUUUUGUACAAAAAAUAAAAACUACAGAAUCAUAAAUAACCAUGUUUACUAUUCCUCACCUGUGACUUGAUUUGUUGUUUUGUUGGAGGGUGUGAAAGGACGGAGAGGGGUCUUUUUAGCACGCAGGGUUGGGUUUUACAAAAGUGUCUGAUUGGAUAGCACCCAAGACAAUUUAGUAGUAGUGUGGUGGUCUAAAUACAGAACAAAUACAUGAAAAGAGUUUUGUUUUUUGUCAUCUAGAUGUGUUAAGAUCACAUAUUCCACGUCUUGCUUUGUUGGACACCUGCUUAGGUGGUAGUGAGGUGCGUUUAGCACAGGCAGGGAGGAUUUUUGGCAUUGCAUCAGGUCUGGUUGGAAUGUUUUUCACAUAGUAGUUUCGCUUUUUCUUUGUUUGUGAGCUGUCAAAUCAAAGACAUUUGGAGAACUAGAGGGCUAUGAUACCAGUAUGAACAUGGAACAUAUUUACCUAAUAUACAAAGUUGUAUAUUGCAUACCAUAUAUUGUAUAUAGGAAUACUUUAAAAUGUUGGGAAAUAUUCUUAUUUACUUUCUUGCUGAGACUUAACUGAGAGGUUUGAUACCACUCUCAUGUCUGUAUGGUAAAUAUGUAGCUUGAGACAGCAUUAGCUUAGCCUGACUCUGUACAGUAAAAACAAAAUAUACCUACCAGCAGUCUCACAAAUUAACAUGGUAUAUCUUGUUUGUUUAAUAUGCACCAAAUCAGCACAUUGUAAAUUUUGACACUUAGAUUUUUGUAUGGAUUACACAAACAAGUUAUAAAAAUUUACUGAACUUUAGUGGUGUUGAUAGGUGGAUUUCUUUACCUUUGGACAGAGCCAGUCAAGCUCUUUCCCCCUGUUUCCAGUCUAACUCAGCCAGAAAGCAAAUAAGCAUUUUUCCCCAAAAUGGCUAUCUAUUCUUUUAAAAAUGUGUCCAUGCUUAUCAGACUUUUCAACAAUUUUAUAGCGAUACUGAAGCAAAACGUCAGAAUAAAUCUGCACAUUCUCUCUUUUCUUUCACCUCUAUUCCCCACAAGCAUGUCUUUAGAGGAGGAUAGUGCAGUUGCUCCAUUAAUCCACAAGAUGGGGCAAUGACACUCAGGGUAGUAAAGGCACAACAGAGGUGAACUGUGAACAAAAACAUUAAAUGUCAAGACAGGAACAAUGAGAGAGGGCAAUGCUUAGCACAGAAGCUCAAAUAUGGUGAAAUUAAUCACAAUAAGCACAGUGAGCAUUCUGAAACAAGCACAUUUCAACCCAGGUUUUUACAGGAAGGGUCUCGGAUUAUAGAUAUGUAUACUGGCUAUUCACAUAGGUGGAGAACUGUAGCUUUGUUUAGGGGUGUGUUUUGACCUUCUGGUUCUGGUUUAUUCCUAAACUAUUCACACUACACAUGAUGUAUUUUGAAGUAGCGUUUAUUUUAAUUAAAUUACUGCAAAACCAGGUGCUCUAUGAAACAAUACAUUAUCACCAUCUACUAACCUAAAUAUAUUGUGUUGCUUCCUUUGAGUAGAAAUUCCAAUAUAAGGAAUGUUACACUGUCUAAAUGAGGUUUUAGUUGCUGAAAAAAAGGCGAAUAUGUACUUAUUCUCAGUGUAUAUUGGGACAACUUGUAGCUCAGACCGUUUACUGUUUGUGAUUGCCUGUCUCGUGUGUUCAUGCUGUAGUAAGUGAAGCUUAGCCGCCAUGUUACAUGCUAUCUCUAUAUAUCCCAACCCUCACCAUCUCUGCUGCCCCCACAACUCUUCCUCCCUAUGUACAGUAAUGUAAAAACUAUAUAA